AUGCUCAACGCGUGCUGCGGAGGCAUCCGACCAGGACACGAAGAUACUAAAGAAGGAGGAGUCUCAGGCUUGCACGAUAUGAGCACGAUCGAGCUUCCCGUUGGACACGUGAAGAUCGAUCCCGAAGACCCGUGGCCGUUGGAAACGUACAACCCACCCAAACACGUGUACAAAAUGCGCGACGAGAAAACUGGAUAUUUGCAAACGUUCCCGUUCGAGGAGAACAACCCGAUGCCGGAGGCUUUCGAGAGGACGUCGGAGUAUCUCGUGAAGUUACUCGACCCGGUGAUUAAACCGAAGAAUUCAGAAGGAGGAGGAAAAGGAGGCGCGUCCACGAGUCAACCAUCAUCGUCUUCGAAUACUAACGACGAGGGAGAUCAAAAAUCGAAGAAGAAGAAAGAAAAAGUAAAGAAGCAGUCUCAACCGCCGCAAGAGGAAGCGGACCCGUUCGCGAAGGCGAACUUGACGGUUGGUAAAGUGUUAGAGGCGAAAGCGGACGACGCGUGGUCGGAGAAGUUGUAUCUGUGCAAAGUCUUAAUCGGCGAAGACGAGGAGAAGGACGUGAAGCAAGUCGUGACUGGAUUGAGGAAAUACGUAAAGAGAGAAGAUUUGGAAGGGAAGUUAGUUCUGACUAUUAUUAAUUUGAAGGUAGCCAAGUUAGCCGGAGAGACGAGCGAGGCGAUGAUUUUAGCGACGGAGAGCGGCGAAGGCGAGAGCGUGGACGUGAAGUUGGUCAAAGUUCCAGACGGAGCGAAGAUUGGCGAGAAGGCGUUCAUUGAAAACGAAGAGGAUAAGAAGCCGGAAACGUACCCGAAGGAGUGCAAGAGUAAGUUAUGGGAGCAAGUGAAGCAAACGCUCGUGAUUAAAGGAGGGAAGGCGACGUAUCAAGGGAAGAAUGUGGUCGUCGCGAGCGGAUUCGUGACUGGCCAAAACGGCGUCGCGGACGGGGCGUUGAUCAAGUAA